AUGCCCCCCGAGGAGGAAAAGAUGCAGUUGGCCAAAGCGCAACGAACGAAAAACCUCCUCUUAUACCUCUACUGUUUCCUCACCACCUCCCUCGUCGGUGGCACCAUCUACGGCUACCCGGCGUUGCGAAGACAACUCAUCCAUUUAGGCAGCACCAUUCCCGAGAAAAAGCUCGGCGCCGCCUACACCGCCGGCGCCUGGUCCGUCCAAGGCGGCAGACUCGUCUUUGGCAUUUUACGAGACAGAUUCGGGACUCGCUUAAUCGCGCAAGUUUCCUUCUCGUGCGUGAUUUGCGGCGCGUUCGGCAUCGCGUUUCAAUCCGUCUCGAACGAGAUUGCGUUGGGGGUCAACCUGUUCUUGCUUGGACUCGGGUCGGGCGCGCAGUUGUGCGUGCAACCGGUGGCGCAACUGUUUCCGAAAAAUAGCGCGUUGUUCAUGUCUGGAUUGAGCGGCGCGUUUCAAGUGAGUGGGGUGGUGUACGCGGUAUUGGUUGGGAUUGCGAAAAAAACGAGCGAGGAAGGGGAGUUGACGGUGGCGUACGGCGGCGUCUUCGCCGGAGCGGUCGGGUUGAUGCUCGCGUUGGCGUUUUGGACGUUGCCUAAAUCGGCGAGUUUUAUUCACGAGAAGGAUUUGAAAGCGGCGGAGAGUGCGGAGGAUGUGGUAGACCCGAUCGAUGGGACGUUUACGGUGCAUUUAAGUGGGAAAGAGCAAAUGUGGACGAAGGAGUACGUCGGAUUGGUGUUAUGGUUUACGGUCCUCGUGACGCCGUUUCAAUAUUACGUCGGGAGCAUCGGGUGGCAUUUAGAAAGAUUAGGAGACGACGACGGGACCAUGACGAACGCGUUUGCAAUGGUGUACGGAUUAGCGGCUUUUUUGGCGCCUGUUGGAGGGAUGGUGGCGGAUACGUUUGGAUUAGGGGUGACCAUGGCGUUCGCGUCGAUUGCAGUCGGUUCAAGUUUUUUCGUGUUAGAGUUGGGAGGCGCGAGCAUAGCGUUAGAAGUGCACAGCGUCGGGUUAGUGUUGUACGCGGUUGGUCGAUUGAUUGUUUUUGCGAUGUUUUUUAGUUCCAUUGGAAAGAUGUUUGGGUAUAAGUAUUACGGUUUAUUAGUCGGGUGGGGGAUGUUCGUCAGCGCGGUGUUUUCGACGUUGCAGUAUCCUUUGAUUGCCAUCGCUUUAGACGGAGAUUACGCGAUUUCGAAUUACGCGUGCGGCGUCGGGUGCUUGUCGGCGGUUUCGUAUUGCGCGGCGAUGUACAGGUGGGAGAAAGAAGGGUCGACCGCGUUCGAUCGAUUGAAGCACAAGAAAGUUCUCGUUUAA